AGACAUAUUAAUACUACUAGUAUUUCUACCAUUCCUCCUCAUUCUCUUUCCAUUUUUUAUUUUAUUUAUUUUUUUCAUUUUUCUCUCUUCAUAAAUUUUUCCCAUCUCCCAAACAGGUUUUAUAUCCACUUCUACACCCGAGUUUUCAAAAUCCCGGAAAACUUCUCUUGAGCUCUCUCUGAUUAGAGCUUUUUUUCUUUCUGGGUUUUUCAUUUCUGAUUCAGUUUUCUGAGAAAGGUCUCUCCUUUCUGGUUCUUCUAUAUUCAGGGGAAUUGGAAACGAAAUUUGACUUUUCCUGGGUUUUGGGUUUUGGGGUUCGUUUCAUUCCCUCGAGUUUUUACAUUGACGUGGAUUUUCUGAGGAACCAAACAAGAAAAAGAGUUUCUUUCCAUGGGUUCUAAGGUGUCGUUUAUAUUGACUCUCCUCGUGGUGUUUUCCGUUGUUUUCAUAGCCAUCGCCGGAAACCAUAACAAUCUUCACAACUCCAAUGGCUCUGCUCUCUCCGGUAUCGAGCUUCCUGAGCAUAUGAGCUUCAAUGUCGUCUCAUCCUCGGAAAAUACUGGCUGCAGCUUUUCCACUUCCACAAACGACAAGCAACCAGAACCAAAAACGACAGCAGACGACCACAACCACCACCACGACGGCGAAGAAGAAGAAGAAGAAGACGGUGCAGUUAAUGUCGAUACUCUUUUUUCGUUGAAACCAGAUAAACAACCAGUGAAGCUCCACCUGAAGCGGCGGUCGGAGAGUGGGGAAACCGAGCCGAAGAAGUCUUUGAUCAGCUACACCAUCAGAGACUUGGCCAGAAUCCAGACCCUUCAUAGGAGGGUGACGGAGAAGAAGAAUCAAAGCACUGUCUCGAGGCUAAACAAGAAAACCAGUAAGAAAUCACCAAAAGAGCAAACCAGCUCAACCAUGGCGCCUGCGCCUUUGCCGGACUCUUACCCCAGUGGGUUGUCCGGCCAACUCAUUGCCACUUUGGAAUCCGGGGUUGGUUUCGGCUCCGGCGAAUACUUCAUGGAUGUUUUCGUGGGUACACCUCCAAAACACUAUUCUUUGAUUCUUGACACCGGUAGUGAUCUCAAUUGGAUUCAGUGUGUUCCAUGCCAUGCUUGUUUCGAGCAAAAUGGACCUUACUAUGAUCCCAAAGAGUCAACCUCUUUUAAAAACAUCAGCUGUCAUGAUCCUAGGUGCCAAAUGGUCUCACCUCCUGACCCUCCUCAGCCUUGCAAAUCCGAGAACCAAACAUGUCCUUACUACUAUUGGUAUGGGGACAGUUCCAACACAACAGGGGAUUUUGCUCUCGAAACCUUCACUGUUAACCUCACAACCAGUUCCGGCAAAGGCGAGUACCGGCGAGUCGAGGACAUCAUGUUUGGCUGUGGCCAUUGGAAUAGAGGCCUGUUUAGAGGGGCUGCAGGGUUGUUAGGACUCGGAAGAGGGUCUCUCUCCUUUUCCUCGCAGCUUCAAUCACUCUAUGGUCACUCCUUUUCUUAUUGCCUUGUGGAUAGAGACAGUGACACCAAUGUUAGUAGUAAGCUGAUUUUUGGUGAGGACAAGGGCUUGUUGAGCCACCCUGAACUGAAUUUCACCUCUUUUGUCUCUGGCAAAGAGAUUCCAGACACAUUCUACUACCUUCAGAUUAAGUCCAUCCUUGUUGGAGGUGAAGCUCUCAACAUAUCUGAGGAGACUUGGAAAUUGUCACCUGAAGGCAGUGGUGGGACUAUCAUUGAUUCAGGUACAACACUUAGCUAUUUUACUGAUCCUGCUUAUCAGGUUAUCAAAGAAGCCUUUUCGAAGAAGGUCAAAGGAUACCAAACUGCAAAGAUUGAAGAUUUUCCUUUGGAUCUUUGUUACAAUGUUUCUGGUGUUGAUAACUUGGAGCUCCCGGAUUUUGGGAUUGUGUUCUCAGAUGGAGCUGUUUGGGAUUUCCCAGUUGAGAAUUACUUUAUCCAAGUUUACCCUCAAGAGGUUGUUUGUUUGGCUUUCAAGAACACUUCUGCUAAUGCCCUCUCCAUCAUUGGAAACUACCAGCAGCAAAAUUUUCACAUUCUCUAUGAUACAAAGAAUUCUAGGCUGGGUUUUGCUCCGAUGAACUGUGCUAAUGUUUAGAAAAACAAAAUAGUUCUUAAGAUUGGACAAGUGUAAACAUGGUGGUUGAAGAGGCAUAUAUUUUUUGUUCUUUUUCUUUUUUCUUUUGGUUUUUCUUUACAGAAGAAGAUUGGUACAAAAUUAGAUUCAUUUGUUUUCCCCUCAAUUUUACUCACUGAUGAUAUUAGACAGUAACACAAUGUAUUGUAUCACAAGAAAUAUAUAUAUAUCAAUGCAUAAUUAUAUUAUUAUUUUUUAAAA